UAAGGGAGGAGUUCCACCCCUUUCAAGUAAAGUCCCUUAAAAGCGGGCGACGAUAGCAGCUGGUUGGGUGGUGUAUAUACGGCUCUUAAGGCUUCUUCUUCCAUCCCUUUUUAUUUAAGGUUUCACGUAACAAUAAGGCAAGAUGGUUAGAGAGAUCAAAAAUAUGACUGAAUUUCAGAAUGAACUGAAGAAUGCUACAGAUAAGCUUGUAGUCAUUGAUUUCUCAGCGACGUGGUGUGGUCCCUGUAGACAAAUAGCGCCAUUUUAUGACAGUCUUCCUGGCCAAUACCCGGAUGUAGUGUUUCUUAAAGUUGAUGUGGAUGAGGCUGAGGAUGUUGCCCAAAACUGUGAAAUCAGUGCCAUGCCUACAUUUGUUUUCUUUAGAAAUGGAAGUAAGGUGGAUUCUUUUUCUGGAGCAAAUUCUGAAAACCUAGUAAAAUAUAUUGUGAAACACAAAACUCAGUAAUACCAGUGAGAGAACUUCUGUGGGGAGGAAAAAGAAAAUUGUUUAAAUUUUUGUAUGUAUUUGAUGCAAAACAUAAAUAAAAGUGUUAUCGGA